UUUUUUUUUGUGUGUGUGUAAAUGUUGACAGCCUGGUUUCACAAGCACAGAGAGAGAGAGAGAGAGAGAAAGAGUGGGCAUCCUGCUCUCGGACCGUGGCCGUGCUUUGUCCAGAUUUUUCCAGGUGCAAUUAUGAAAUGUCCUGCCUCUUGAUAUCGUAUGACAUGAACUGCACUGAUUGUAACAUAACCAGGUUAAACAGCACAACUAUGGGUAAGAUGAUGCUGGGACACAAUGGUGUCAGAGGCAGCAGGGACUAUGAAGAAAGAGUGGCUGAUGCUGAGAGCAAACAGGAGUACCAUCCCAAGCACCGCAAGAUGUACCCGCUCCGGAAGCGCAUGCAUGUGCAGCCAGGCAAUUACUCUUCCCCAGGGGUUGUUCAGCAGCUAGAAGAAACACCAGUUGAUGGGGUGAGCUCUGCACAGGCUAUUGUUGAGCAAUGGGAUUAUCAGGGCGACCAGGACCCACUUCAAGGGGAGACACUCCAGGCAGAGAGGAAUGAAGACACUGGCAAAGAGAAUGCCAAGAUGGAUUCUGUGGCCUCACAUACUGCUGAGUCACGCCCACGAAGGCUGGCCAGUCUGAAUGCUGAGGCAGUUAACAAUCUGCUGCUGGAGCGCGAAGACUGCCCGUCAUCCAAUAGACGGUGCCGAAAAGGUCCCAGUUGUGGCAUGGAAUGCACUGAAAACCGGGGAGACUGUAGGACUGGCUACCCGGCGAAAAGACGGAUAGGUAGUUCAAGUGGUUCAUUCGAUGGUGAUGUUUUCACCUGUGCAGGGAGUGAGCCAACACCUGCCAUGGGUGAUUGGGAGAGUGGGCUUGCUGAGCUAUCAGGCAAGAAGCGCAUGGCCAGUCUCAACGCUGCUGCAUUCCUCAAGUUGAGCAACACCAGGGAUGUUUCAGCUGGGCGGCGCAGCCGUACAGAUGGAGAGAACAAACCAGGCAAGGUAAUGGGUGGGACACGACCAACCUGCUCGCACCCGCUGGCUGGGCGCCGCUGUCCGCGAGCCAAAAGGAAGGACUUCAGGAGUGAUACUGCAGCCAAACUUGGCCCUGGCACUGACUCAGGGGAUAGUGAAGGACAGCACAAAGAGGAGUCAGCCAACGUAGGGCAGCAUUCUAUAUUGCCUGUUAAUGCAGAUGUUCCCUACCCUUAUGUGGACAAGACCAAUGGAUAUUUCCAUCGGUUAUCAAUGCUUAUGGGAAGCCAAGCCAUGAUUCGGCCCAAGUACCAGGCUCUGGAGGAGAACAGUGCUUCUGGUGCUGAAUUUACACAGCCAGUGGCUCCAUUUCAAUCGCACACUUCAUUAACAUUGGACAACUUUGCAUCUGAUCCGGACCACUAUGAAUUUCUGCCUCCUGAAGUCUGCCUUGAUUCUCCAGUGGAUGACCUCUAUCUACACUACGAUCGAAGUGACCUGGUGCCCAUUGGCUGCAGCUCUACACAUGGCUGUCCCAUGUGCUCAGCUGCUUUCUCCUGCUGCACGCCACCUGAUGAUGAAGGAAACCUGCUCAUUUCGCAGAGUGCUUCGCCGUCGGAUUCGUAUAGGUCCGUGAAACCGCCCAGUGUAACCAUCCCAGUCACAGGUCAUCCAGUAUCUCCAGCAAAUCCUGUCUCAGGCUGCCCUGUCCCCACAGCCCCUCCUGCUGCUGAACCUGUUCCUCAUCUGCAGCGCCCUGGUUUGGACACACCAGCAACAUCUCGACCUCAAACCUUGUCUGUGCUGAAACUGAGUAAGGAGUGUCCUCAGAGCUCCAAACCUCCCAAUAGCUCUAAAUCCAACCUCCGCAGCACAGCCAGUUCGCCAGCUCAGCAAAGUAAAGUGGGUGCAGGACAUGUGGAGAGCAAGCAACAGAGAAUCAGCAGACGAAGAGCCACGAAUGGUUGGCUCCCUGUAGGAGAGCCCUACGACAAACCUGUCUAUGUUGUGGGAGAAGUGGAGCUCCUGAUUCGUAAGUGCUAUCCUGCAGUUGAAAGGGAUGGUGAAGUGAUCAAGGUUCGGGACACUGUUUUAUUGAAGUCAGGACCCAGAAAGAAGUCCAUUCCUUAUGUUGCCAAGGUUUCUGCGCUCUGGGAGGACCCUGCAUCAGGGGAACUUAUGAUGAGCCUUUACUGGUACUACAGGCCUGAGCACAUCCAGGGAGGCAGAAAUCCAAGCAUUCACUGUGAGAAUGAGAUCUUCGCUUCUCGACAUCAGGAUGAGAAUAGCGUAGCCUGCAUUGAAGAGAAAUGCUAUGUUUUGACCUUCUCUGAGUACUGCCGGUUCUGUGCCUUGGCAAAAUGGCGAGAGGAGGGGGCUCCCGAUCACAGACUAGUGGUCCCUCCCUCCGAAGAGUACUCCACUCCUCCUCACCGCAAAGUCCCUGAAAACACGGACCCAGAUCUGGUCUUUAUUUGCAGACACGUGUACGACUUCCGCCACGGCCGAACUCUUAAAAACCCGCAAUAGUAUAGCACUUCCCGAAUUCUAUGGGAACUCAGGCUUAGAAAAGAACCAAUAUGAUAUCAGAAGAACGCAUAUGAUGGAUGUUGACUGGAGUUAUGAUUCCACACAACCUUCCUGGUGGACAACGGACACACACUUCCUUUUGCCUUAUGUACAUAAAUUAGAGAAAUUUUUAAGAUCCGAUCAAUCACACUGACUGCAUACCAAAGGACAGUGACCAAUCUGAAAACUGGCUCCUGGAAAAUAGCGCUGGUUUCUGCACUAAUCAAUUUGAUAAUGUCAUCAUGACACUCGAGCCACUUUUCUCAUGCUCGUUCUCCAUCACCACUAAUAACGGGUCCUGCUCCCAAGCGAGUGAUGACCCACUUUGCGAAUUUUAAAAAUUAUAAACAGUAACAAAAAAAAAAUUGCACUUGUAUUCCAAACUGAUCUCUUUCUUAAAUAACCCUAGCCCGAUUUUCCAUUUUGGCAGAUAAUGCCAGCACUUAAAUGUUUACGUCUGAAUUGGGAUAACAUUCCAAAUUCGUUUUCUCUUCCCUCUUUUUGUUUUUAAUAUUAUUUCAAAGAUAAUUACUUGUUGGAAUUAAAUUUCAUAAAAAUUGUAUUGAGUUUUGAGAAAGAAAAUUUAAUAUAUGAUUUAAGUUUGAUAUGUUUGAAGAGACUGUUUUUUAAAAAACAAAGUUCAUUCUCUACUGAUAUCCUGAUGUUUUCACUUGAAAGGUUUUAAUAAUGUUUUGAAGUGUUAGGCCUGAUGGCCACAUAGAAUUAAAGAUGUUUCUGCCAAUA